AAGCACACAGGGACAAACAGGGACACACAGGGACAACCCCAAACCGGCGAUAUCCUGGUCACAUGACUCACCCACUUCUACGCCCGUGGACAUCUGCAAAAUGGAGGACCAUGAUGCUAAAGAGCCCGAGCAGCUCAGAAAGCUGUUCAUUGGAGGUCUUAGCUUUGAAACUACGGAGGAGAGUUUACGGGCCCACUUUGAACAGUGGGGUUCCCUCACAGAUUGUGUGGUGAUGAGGGACCCCAACAGCAAGCGAUCAAGAGGGUUUGGCUUUGUAACGUAUUCCUCUACAGAGGAAGUAGACGAUGCCAUGAAAGCGAGGCCCCACAAAGUAGACGGGCGAGUUGUUGAGCCCAAGAGGGCGGUGUCCAGAGAGGACUCCAAUAAACCAGGGGCCCACCUGACAGUGAAGAAGAUCUUUGUUGGUGGAAUCAAGGAGGACACUGAGGAGUACCACAUCAGGGAGUAUUUUGAAAAAUAUGGAAAGAUUGAAUGCAUCGACAUCAUGGAGGAGCGCUCCACGGGAAAGAAGAGAGGAUUCUGCUUUGUGUCCUUUGAUGACCAUGACACUGUAGACAAAAUUGUUGCCCAGAAAUACCAUACAAUCAACUUCCAUAAUUGCGAGGUCAGGAAAGCUCUCUCAAAACAGGAAAUGAGUUCCAUGUCCACCAGCAGGGGCAGGAGUGGAGGAUCUGGAAACUUCAUGGGGAGAGGUAGUAAUUUUGGAGGUGGUGGCAACUACAGCCGAGGUGGCUAUGGUGGAGGACGAGGAGGUUACGGCGAUGAUUUUGACAAUGGUCCUGGAGGUAAUUAUGGUGGGGGACCAGGUUAUGGAGGAGGCCGAGGGGGCUAUGGAGGUGGUGGUGGUCCAGGGUAUGGUAACCAGGGUGGUGGAUUUGGUGGUAGCUGCGAUGGAGGAUACGGGGGUAAUGAAGGAGGAUAUGGAGGGGGAGGAAAUUAUAACGACUUUGGAAAUUAUGGUGGACAGCAGUCCAACUACGGGCCCAUAAAGGGAAACAACUAUGGUGGCAGAAACUCAGGGGGACCCUAUGGUGGUGGCUACAACUCUGGGGGCGGCGGAGGUGGCUACGGCUCCCGGCGAUAUUAAUAACGUCUUGUUUUGGCUUCAGUUCUUAGCAGCAGAGGCGAGGAGGUGAGCAAAAGGAGUUGUCAGGAAAGCUGCAGGUUACUUUGAGGCAGUCAUCUGAAAGCAUUAGAGGAACACACAAGUCAGACUUUUACUGCAGCUAAAUGGAAGAAGGACUGUAUACACAAGACAUGAGUGCAGAUGAAUCCCUUCCCUAAUUGUGAUAGAUGUUUUCCCUAUUAAGCAUUUUUUCCUUUUGUGCGUCUGAAGUGUAUGUAUUGUGCCUAUGGUAUCAGGGGUAAAGAGUAAAUUGUUUUGUUUUUUUAAAUCUGAAGUCAGCUCUUAAUAUUGUUUUUCUUUUUUUAUAUGGGUUAGUUUUCUUCUGGUCAACUAAUAUUUUGUCUUUUAACCUGGUUGUGUCAUAAAGUAAUAUCAGGACAUCGGAUGAGCUAGAAUUACACAAUAUUUUCUUUCUGACCUUUAUUAUGAUUGCUCAAUUUACAAGUGUGAAGUGUACUAUGAUUUUGUAUGUGAAGCACAGUAUGUAAAUCCUUCAUAGUACCAGUGUGAACAGCUACAAGCAGCCCGGAUUAGAGAUAAGGGAAUCCCCUCACUUUUCUUGUUCCCAGAAAAACCGAAUCCUAGAUUCUGUUCCGAAUAUUUUGAGUGGUAGAAAAAGACCGAAUAAAAUUGUGUAGUAAAGUGACAUGAAGUUCAGUGCAUCAUUGGUUCAGAAAGAGAUCAAAUGAGUUAUUUAUGUAUUUGUUGCCUGCUCAGUGUGACUGUGAAGUGGAGCAAAUCACCCUGUCAAGACCUUUUUAACUCAUUUUGAAGUAUUAAAUAAGACUUCUGUGGGUGAAAAUAGUGUAAAUAUGUUUCUACUUGUACAAGGGAGUUUGAUGUAGUCCUAAGGCAGGGGCCCAUACACCACAUAUGCCAGUGUUGAGCCAUUAGGAUUAUUUCAGCCACAACCUCCUGCAGUUGGGCCCUCAGCAACACUAGUGUGGAGGAUUGCAGAUGACUGUCAGACAGGACGUCUUCAGCCCCAGCACAGUGGACCAGUCAGCAUUUUGAGAGAGAAGGGAGAAGGCAGCAUCGAGCACAACCGGCCAUGGAAGGAAGCUUGCAGUGUCGGUCCUGAUAGUGAGCAUCUAUCUCUCAUGUUCAAGGCUAGCUAAACCCUCCAGCAGCUGGUGCUAGCGAAGAAAGACUAGUUCCUGGACACAAUGGGAAAUCCUGUUGAGUCAGAGAUACUGCAGUUUUACCCGCAGAUGCUAGAUUUCAGACAUUAACGAGGAAAGGGAGUGAGUAUUUCACAAAAAGCUGACUUAAGAAGAUGGAGCAGGUAAGAGUAACCACUUUGCUUGAUUUGCAGAUGUGGAAAGAGGAAUUCUCUUCUUGCUGAAAAUCUGUAAAGACCUGAUAACAUGGAGGGUUCUGGAUGGGUAAGACUUUUUUCAAAAUAUUAUACAAGGCUGCUCUUAUUGUAAAUCUAAAAGUACACAUCACGAUGACAAAAGAUGGAGGGGUUGUUUUGAAGGUAAAUCCAGCAGGAUGACGUCAAGUAUUACUCCCCUUUGACCAGAACCUCUUGAGACCACCUGAGUUGUUUGGUAUGUGUUGAGGUAAAAGAAAUGUGAUAUGUUUUAUUACCUCUCUUACUAAGUAUUAUAAAGGCAAGGAAUCCAAACAAUGUGUUUAAAUUCACUGACAUGUUGAUCACUGAGGUCAAACUGAGGAUGUUGUUCUGAACUGUAUUUUGAAGGUGUGUAUAUUUCGCCUUCGUUUUGACAAGUGAGUAAUAAUUUAGAAUAUUUUAGAUAUAAUGCAGACCACUAUGAUGAUAUCCAACUCUUAUUAUGACAGCUACAUGGAGACAUAGUUAUGAGUGUAAACCUCUAAAACUGUCAAAAAAGAAGCAACAUUGAAGGCAUCAUGAAAGUACAUUUUACAGCAGGACGGCUUCAUCUACAACUGCCACUAAGUGACAUAUGCUUAUGCUAAGCUAAUCGCUUAACCAAAGUAGGCCCAAAAUGUAUUUAAUUUGAUUAUUGUAAGACAUCCCUACCAGUCCUUAUUAAUAAGCAACUUAAUUACACUACAGAAUUCAUUUAAAUAAUUUGAUUAUGACUGGAAAUCGUGGGCAUCGUAAGUUCAUGCAAUAUAUUGUGUAAUUUAUUGAAAGAACCUGUAAUCUUCACUUUUGAUAAACUGUAAUAGGCUUAUACCCUGCAUUUAUUAUAAGGACUCAUCAUCACCACCACCCCAAAUUAAAAAUAUUUUUAAAUCAUUCCAUAUGACAGUCAGCCAAAUGGACAUAUGGAAUAUGUGUGUACUGUAAUAAAGAGAGGUCACAAGUUGAGACUAACUGACCCGCAGCAUAGGCAGUGUGUCAUACAGUAUUUACAAGUACCAGCACUAUAUUUGGCUUGCAAUGCCUUCAAGGGAUUGUACGCAUGGAUUGUUUUUCACAGGAAACCCAAAAGCUGAGUCUAAACAAAACGAGAUCACUGUUCCUCAUUUAGGGAACUUCUAAAUACUGUUCUUGUGAACGUGUGAUAACCGACUAAACCUGGUAAGUUUAAAAAAUGAAUUUUAAUGACACAGCUUCACUAAGUGUAAUGAGUCAAAGGAGCGAGGCCUACUGUUAUUCUUCCCUGAAUCAGUUACAGGAUAGUGUUUCUUCACAGGAAUGUAGACUGACCAACGGCAGCACUAAGAGAAAAAAAAAGUGCUUGGUGAAAGCACUGCAGUAUUACUGAAAUAUGUUUGGAGGUACAUUAACGUGUAAAUGUAAAGUGUGACUUGUGCUCUUCAAUAAAAAUAUUUUCCAUGA